CAUAUGCCCUUGCCACCGUUCUAACACUUUCAAUGCAAAAGGUACGAUAUGCUGACGGGCAUUCGAAUAGCGGUUGGACGUGUAUCGGCCAAAAUGAAACGAGAUUUAACAGACGAAGACUUUUAUGCAGCACAUAAACUUGUAUUUGACAUUACCGGUAAUGAACUUACACCUGGUGUGAAGUACGAUUUCAAAUUCAAAGACUACGCUCCAUGGGUAUUUCGAAACCUCCGCGAAAGUUUCAAGAUCGAUCCUGCUGACUAUAUGAUAUCCUUAACCGACAAGUACAUUCUCUCCGAGCUGGGAUCUCCUGGCAAAAGCGGGAGUUUUUUCUACUACUCUCGGGAUUACCGAUUCAUUAUCAAAACCAUUCACCAUACCGAACACAAGUUCAUGCGAAAAGUUCUUCGCCAAUAUUAUAACCAUGUUGUUGCCAACCCCAAUACCCUUCUUUGUCGCUUUUAUGGUUUACAUCGUAUCAAAUUACCUCAUGGCAGCAAGAUCCAUUUCGUCGUAAUGGGAAAUGUUUUUCCUGCCAAUCGAGAUGUCCAUGCGACGUUUGACUUAAAGGGAUCAACGCUUGGAAGAGUCACUCCUGAUGAAGAGGUUCAGAAAAACCCCAAUGCGGUUAUGAAAGAUCUCAACUGGGAACAGAAGAAUUGCAAAUUGCAGUUUGGCCCUGAGAAGAGUGUGAUAUUGAUGGAACAGUUACGAUUGGAUGUUGAGCUGCUGAUCAAACUCAACAUUAUGGAUUACAGUCUUCUCGUUGGUGUACAUGAUUUGAGGCGCGGAAAUAAGGACAAUAUUCGCGACAACCACCUGCAGCUCUUCCAGCCCCAAACAAAACGGAUGGAGCGGCAAUUAUCCUUACGCAAUAAACGGGAGAGCAAAGCUCAGAUCGUACGCAAAGCCAUUGCAAGUGCUGAAACGACAAGGCUAGACGUCUCUAAACUUCCGGAGAUCAUAUCCACAGAGCGACGGAAUUGUAUCUUUUACGCCGACGAUGGUGGAUUUCAGUCAACGAAUGAAGAGAACGAAUCGACUGACAUACUGUAUUUUGUUGGCGUGAUUGAUAUUUUAACGCCAUACAACUAUGUCAAAAAAGUUGAACACGCCUGGAAAGGGCUGACGUUGGAUAAGGUAAAGGGGGGGGGGAACCCGAUAUGUCGAUUUGUUACUCCCUAGUGCUAACAUCUACUGCCUCCAUUUUCAGAAAGCCAUUUCUGCUGUUCCUCCACCAGAAUACGGUGCACGAUUUUUACGAUUCAUGCA